AUGGAAGGGAAAGAGAACCCACUAGAUCAAUUAGGGGUUAAGUUUGUUGACCAGGAUGAGUUAGAGCAUGAUAUAACUAAGAGGGCCAAUGAAGCUUUGAUCAACAAAGAUACAGAGUUAGAUCAGAAGAGGCUAGAUAAAGCUAAUAAUGAUUAUAAUAAAGUCAUAUCUAAAUUAAGAAUACUAAGGAACAAACUAUCUAAUCUGAGAACUAAGAUUUCACAACGCAAGCUGCUUAAGGAUGAAUGUGAAUGGAUUGAAAAAAAUGAGAUGGAACCUCUAAAGCAAGAUAUAGUUGAUAUAACGAACAGAUUGAACGAAAAUAAAAUGCAACUAAAUGAAUCUAAAACUCAAGGUAAUCAAAAGAAAUCAACUCAGUCUAUCAAUGAAAAGUUGCCUGGAGAAUCUGAAAGGGAUUUUCUUAUACGAACAGGUAAAAUAACGGCAUUCGGGAAUGAAAACGCAUUUCAUCAGGAUAAGACGAAAGAUUCGGAUGAUGCCAAGAGUCAUGUAUUUUUAAGAGCCCCAGGAUUCGAAGAUGUAAGUUUUACUAGCAAAGAUGAUGAAGAUUUCACCUAUAGCUCAACUGAAAAUGCUACACCAGUGUCUGAAAUUAAUAAAAGGAAACAUCUGGAAAUGGAAGGCUCAGAAAGCGAGAGUGAUUUUUCCCCAGUUGAGGAUAUUAAAGAUGCUCUGGAAGAGGAAUUUACUGAUAAUGAUAACGUAAUCGAUGACGAUUACGAUAUUUAUAGUACUCAAAAAGACGACCUGAUAGAAGCGAACGAGCAACGUAAUGUGGAUGAUGGAGACGAACAAUUGUAUCAAAUACGGCUCAAAAAUUGGGUAAAAAGAAGAUCUGAACUUCGCAAAGGAGACGUAACAACUAAUGAUAAGGAAGAAUGGUUCAAACCUCAUCCAACAAUACCUGAUGCAGUACUUAACUCGAAGUUUAAAUUACCCGGUGAUAUAUAUCCUUCCUUGUUUGAUUAUCAAAAGACUUGCGUUCAAUGGCUUUGGGAAUUAUAUUCACAGAAAACUGGUGGGAUUAUAGGUGACGAAAUGGGUUUGGGUAAAACGAUUCAGAUUAUUUCAUUUCUAGCUGGAUUGCAUUAUUCUGGGUUGUUGGAAAAACCUGUUUUGGUUGUAGUACCUGCAACUGUCAUGAACCAAUGGGUUAAUGAAUUUCACAGAUGGUGGCCACCGUUGCGUUGUGUUAUUCUACAUAGCAUCGGCUCAGGUAUGGGUAAAAAUGCAGUUCAAUCUGAAGAAAAAAUUGAAGCGUUUUUAGAAACUACUGACCCCACCUCAGUUAGGAAUGAUUCAUUUAAAGGCAUUAAUAGUCAAAUUCGUGCAAAGGAAAUUAUAGAUACAGUAAUGGAGAAAGGCCAUGUUUUGGUAACAACCUACGUUGGUUUGAGAAUAUAUUCUAAAUAUAUUUUGCCUCGAGAAUGGGGAUAUGUGGUCUUGGAUGAAGGUCAUAAGAUAAGAAAUCCAGAUCUGGAUAUAUCUUUAACGUGUAAGCAGAUCAAAACGUAUAACAGAAUUAUUUUAUCUGGAACACCGAUACAGAAUAAUCUUAUUGAAUUAUGGUCCUUGUUUGACUUCAUAUUUCCAGGAAGAUUAGGAACUCUACCAGUGUUUGAACAGCAAUUUUCUGUACCUAUUAAUAUGGGUGGUUAUGCGAAUGCAUCUAAUGUUCAAGUUCAGACUGGUUAUAAGUGCGCUGUUAUUCUUAGAGAUUUAAUAUCUCCUUAUCUCUUGAGAAGAUUAAAGAGUGAUGUAGCUCAGGAUCUACCCAAAAAAAAUGAAAUGGUUUUGUUUGUUAAAUUAACACAAUAUCAACAAGACCUUUAUGAGAAAUUUCUUAACAGUGAAGAUUUGCAUGCUAUAUUAAAAGGUAAAAGAAAUAUUUUGAUGGGUGUUGAUAUUCUACGCAAAAUUUGUAACCACCCUGAUUUAGUUGACAGAGAUAUUUUAAUGCGUAGGAAGAAUUACAACUACGGUAAUCCAGCUAAAUCAGGUAAGUUACAAGUACUUAAAAAUUUACUACAAUUAUGGCAAAUGCAGGGUCAUAGGACCUUGUUGUUCUGCCAAACUAAACAGAUGCUAGAUAUAUUAGAAAAAUUUGUCACAAACUUACCAUCGAUAAACGAAAAGGGUGAAGAAGUACGGGGAGCGUUUAAUUAUUUGAGAAUGGACGGAUCAACCCAUAUUGGAAAGAGACAGGCACUAGUUGACACAUUCAAUGAGGAUAAGCAAUAUCAUGUGUUUUUAUUGACAACCAAAGUUGGAGGAUUAGGUAUUAAUUUAACUGGUGCUGAUAGAGUUAUAAUUUACGAUCCUGACUGGAAUCCAUCAACAGAUAUUCAAGCGAGAGAGAGAGCAUGGAGAUUGGGGCAAACGAAAGAUAUAACAAUUUAUAGACUAAUGACUGCUGGGUCAAUUGAAGAGAAAAUCUAUCAUAGACAAAUAUUCAAGACGUUUUUGACUAACAAAAUAUUAAAAGAUCCUAAGCAGAGAAGAUUUUUCAAGGUUAAUGAUUUACAUGACUUAUUUUCGUUGGGAGAUCAAGAUGAAGUAGGUACAGAAACGGGUGAUUUAUUUAAUGGUUCUGAAACCAAAUUUAAUGGAAAUAAAGACAGGAAGUCUAAUAAACUAUUCAAGCCUAAGCAUAAGAAUGAUGAUGACUUUUAUCAGGUUGCAAGCAUUAGUGGGGUUUCAAAACUCGACAACUUUGAAGGUGACACCCAAGAGAAAGAUGGUGAGCAGGAUGGAAAUAAAGACGAAAAUAGGAUAAUGGAAGGAUUAUUUGCAAAUAGUGGAGUUCAUAGUGCAUUGAAGCAUGAUGACAUUAUGGAUUCGUCAAAGCAAGAGGUUUCAAUUAUCGAAAAAGAGGCGAACAGGGUUGCAGCAGAAGCGGCAGAAGCAUUAAAGCAGUCACGAAAGCUCACAAGAAAGAAUAAUAUCGGAACUCCUACGUGGACAGGUAAGUUUGGGUUAGCAGGUAAGUUCGGCCCCAAGACUAAUAAACGAAUAAACCUGUCAUCGAACAAUAAAUCAUCGAAAUUAUUAUCAUCGACAUCGAUUUUAAGUGAAUUAAAGCAGAAGAAAGACAAAACUGAUACUGUGUUUACUAAAAAAUCAACUAAAAGUGACAAGAAGCUCGAUAGAGAAGAAACCCUCGACAAGUUGAUUAGUUUCCUCGCGCAGCAAACUGAUCAAUUUAGCACCUCUAACAAUAUCUUGAGUAAUUUAAAAUUGGAAUUAAAUGAUGAAAAGGAUAUGAUCUUGAUUCGAUCAAUGUUAAGAGAAAUUGCUGUUUGGGACUCAUCCCGUAAAGGAUGGGUUUUGAAGGUGGAUUUCUCAGCCAAUAGUUAA